AUGGGUAUCCAUCAGCAUGCGGCUAUACGUAAUGCUGGCACGAUAGCUGGUCUUAAUGUAUUGAGAAUAGUUGCUACAUCUACCUCAGUAUGUAUGUCAUGGGGAUUAAAAUCGGCAAGAAAUGGUGAAAAAAUUGUCUUGGCCUGUGAUAUUGGUGGUGGAUCGGUAAGUGUUAGCAUAGCUGCGGUGGAUGAAGGCUUAUUUAUAGUUAAAUCAACCACAGAAACAAAAUUUCCUAUCGUUAGAAGUAAACAUAAUCUUGUUAGGUUUCGUACAGCGUGUGAAAACGCUAAAGAAACAUUAUCGAGUGCUCUGCUAGCGUCUAUAGAACUUGCUGCUGUCGGAAGUGAUGGUAUCAAUCUUUAUUCAUCCAUAACACGGGAGCAAUUUGAAGAAUUAAACAAUGAUCUAUUUAGAUCUGUGCUGGACGUAAUAAAAAAAGCAUUGCUGGACGGAAAACUGCGUGAAUCUGAUAUAGAUGAAGUAAUCGUUGUUGGUGGUAGUUCAAGGAUCCCAUUCGUACAAAAUAUAAUAAAAGACUAUUUUAAAGGCAAAGCACUGGUUAGAUUUAUCUAUAAUGAUGAAGCAGCCGUACAUGGAGCGGCUGUUCUAGCAGCCAUAGUGCAAUAG